AUAAUAUGAUGUGUCAUGCCCGGUGCCGGAAGCCAGGUGUUGGAUUGUUCUAGCUGCUCUUCUUCGCGGUUGUCACUGUACUCUCGUUGUUUCCGUGUCCUGCAGGGCUCCACUCAGCGGCUAUGGGCCUCCCGCCGCAGCUCGAGAACUUGCUCUACACCGUCAACACGCUGUUGCGCAAGCGGCGCUACCAUGCGGCGUUGGCUGUGCUCAAGGGCUUCCGCAACGGAGCCGUCUAUGGAGCUAAAAUCCGUGCACCCCAUGCUCUGGUCAUGACGUUUCUCUUCAGAAGUGGAAGCCUAAAGGAGAAGCUCAAGGCAAUUUUUCAGGCCACAUACACACAUUCCAGAAACCUGGCUUACUUUGUUUUUACCUAUAAAGGCUUGUGUGCCUUGCAGUCCCAUGUCCAGGGACAGACCUUCCAGUUUCAUUCCUUCCUGGCAGCCUGUAUCGGUGGCUGGUUGAUUUUUGGAGAAAAUAAUAACAUCAACAGUCAGAUUAACAUGUACCUGCUGUCUCGAAUCCUGUUUGGAUUGGCCCGGCUAGCAGUUGAGAAAGGCGUCAUCCCAGAGCCAAAACAGGAUCCCUUUCCUUUGUUUUCUGCUAUCAUCUGGGGACUCAUUCUCUGGCUCUUUCAGUACCACAGACAUACCCUUCAACCAUCUCUGCAGUCCUCCAUGACAUACCUCUAUGACGACAGCAAUGUGUGGCACGACAUUUCUGAUUUCCUAAUUUAUAAUAAAAGCAGCCCUGGGAAGUAAUUCACAGGCUUCAGGAAACAUGGACAGGGUAAAAGUAAAUGACUUUUGUUCUGUCAUAAACCUAAAGAGUUUUCAGAUCAGCCUUAACCAUCCCUUGAAUUAAUUUCUUGUUAAUUUUUUAGACAAACAUUGUUUGAACUAGGGUCAUUUUUUUCUGUUAGCUUUUUUUUGUCAACAAAAAUUUAUAGAGACAAUGCUAGAGAUGAUUUAUUUCAUUCUCUAAGCAUCAUUCAGGUUUCAUUUCAUUGAUAACAGGGACCCUAAAAUAUUUACAAAGUAAAGAACUGUUUUUUAAAAUCAAGGUACUUACUAUGUAAAGACAUGGAAUUUAUUUAGACCAUCGAUGGAAUACAAAUCUUUUUUUAUUUUUAAAAAACUACUAAAACAGGAUGUAAGGGUUUCAAAGAACAGAACAAAACACAAUUCUGCUCAGAGGUACUUAUGUACAGAAGACACAUCUUUCCAUUACUUCAAGUAUUUUACUGUGGAAAUCUGUUUGGCAGAUUCUUUUGUCAGGCAGUCGGAGGUUGUUAUUUGCCCAAGGUCACACAGCUAGGAAGUAUCUGAGGUUGGAUUUGAACUCAGGUCUUCUUUGCUUCAGGCCCAGCUGUCUAACUACUGAGCCAUAGCUGCUUCUUCAGAAGAAAGUACCAUUAAGUAACUCACUGGUUUCUUCAGGGGUGAUUUUGUGUUUCCUCUGUCUCAAACUGCAAAAGGCCCACAUAUUUGUUAGUAUUGAUAUUUUCUAAGAAAGCAGUAAAUGACAAAUGAAUUAGAUUUUCUUUCAUUUGAUCUUUUCUCCUCCCUGAUAAAGUAUGUUUACAGGUGUGUGAGAAUCAGGUUUUCCAUUUGGCUUUUUCCUUGCAUGGCAAAGGGGAAAAUCAUCCUUUAGGGAACCAUAAGGAGUUUAAACUUGGCUUUUGAAAUAAGUAUCACUGUAUAGAAUGAUUUUGGCAAGCAUAGUUUGUGCUGCACAAAUAAUAAAACAGAUGUACAUAUAACUUGAAAGCAAAUCAGAUUGGGGCCAUUUGUGCAUGUUAGAAGCUGAUGGAUAUCUGCUAUUAUUUUGCCUGUUUCAAAUUUGUAGCAAGUCAGAUUAGAAUAAAGCAUCAAAACAUUAAUGAGAAACCGAAGGGUGACAUCAAGAAGAGAAAAGAAUGAAGCACACAUUCAGCCAAGCCUCACCUUCCACCUUCUACUUUUCGAUUGUCUGCCCAAUUGCAUUCAGGAUUCUUGAUUCUAAGAGCAUAGUUCAACCAAAGUACUUGUCACCUUCCCUCCUGCUUUCUAGGCAGCCUUCCUGGAUUAGGCCUCUUCUCCAGGGAUAAUCUUUGGCUGAACUGAGUCCUAUCAGGGCCCAAGUCCUUUUAUAACCUCAGACUAGUAUGCUAAAGUGAAUUUUCCUUUAUUUCUAAGCCUUUUUAGGUAGCUUGCACAAGACCCUUUGCAUAAAUAAAUUAAACUUUAAUGUCUUUGCCAUGUCCCCUUUGUCCCCUCUUUUUUUCCCCUUUCAGUUUUCUGUUACUUUGGAAUUCUCUGACUUUUUGGACCCUCAGAAGGGUUGGGGAAAGGUCCUUUACUAAGCUUUGGUUCAGUUUCUAGCUCUGUUCCUAGUUUUCUGACCUUGAGAAGUUGUUUCAUUUUUCUGAACUUCUCUUUCCUUGUUUGGCAAAUGGGGUUAAUAUGUAUGUGCUGAUUGUUUGAAGGAAAUUGAGGGGACUUAAAUCCUGAGGAUAGAAUGGAAGCUCUGGUGCCCCCUGUAGUCAGCAGGAAAAACCAGCAAUUGAGGGAAGGGAUCAUGAGACUGGAGGCAGGCCUGAACUUCCUAGGCAAAGGAGAAAGGAGACUUGGAUUGCUAGAUGUGAUGUAUCAGUGGGCGGAGAGAAAGUCUGAUAAACUGAGGCAGAACUGGAUUUUUGGUCUGUUUCCAUGUUGGUGCUGACUGGUGGACCCACAUGGCUGCUGCAAAAUAGCAAGCUAAAUGGAGAAGCUAGAAAAGUAACCUACCUCCUCUCUCAACUUCCUUCCCUUCUCCUGUCAUUAUAAAUCAUAAAAUCAUAAAAAAAAUCAUAAAUCAUUCUAAAAUCAUAAAAUUUGUGUCCAGCCUCACAAUUUUAAUCUAACAAUUCCCAAGGCUAGUGUAGAGAUCACUUGAGAUAAUGUUUGUGAAAAUAUUUUAUUACUUGUGAUGUUAUUUUAAUGUAAAGAGUCAUUAUUUUUAGUUUAAUGUAUUUGUGGAGACCUGUGGUUUAUCAGUGUAGGAAACUCCUAUUGUGGGAACUCCCUCCACCUUUGUGGAUUGGUAACUAAUUUGUAAUUUAGAAUUUUAGUCCUCUGAGAAGUUAAGUGAUCCCAUAGCCAAUUUUUGUGAGAGGCAGGUUUUCCUGAUUCCAAGGCUAGCCUUCUACCAUGCCAUGCUGUCUCCCAUCAUGAUUUUAAUGGUUCUAGUAGAGGAAAUCAUUAUUAUUAGCCAUCAAAAUUUACAAAUAAAAAUAUAAAACUGA